GAAAUGACUAAUUUGCCCAUAGCAUGAAUAGAUAGCUUAUCCCUUUAUCUUAUGUUUCUCCAAUCUUUUGAGCUUACAGAACACAACAAUGGCGACAUUGGAAGCUUCGUUCUCUAUCUGCUCAUUUCACUCCUCUUCUUCGUCUUCUUCAUCAGCCACCAAACUCGCUUCAUUCCCCAAAACAUUAGCCUACCCAUUAAAGCUCAACUCACCCAAACCCACCAUUGUUCUUCCCCACAAAGCAUUCUUUUCUCCACUCACAAGAAAACCCAGCUUCCAACUAUGCUGCGCGGUUCAGGAAAUCGCCGUAGAAGAAAACCCAGAAGUAACCCAAGUCGAGAACCAGAAGAGAAAGCUGUACGUGGUCAAUCUUCCAUGGUCUCUUUCUGUAGUAGACAUAAAAGAACUCUUUGGCUCCUGUGGGACUGUUUCGGACGUUGAGAUUAUAAAGCAAGAAGAUGGAAAGAACAGAGGGUUUGCUUUUGUGACAAUGUCUUCUGGGGAUGAAGCUCAGGCUGCUAUUGAAAAGUUUAAUCUUCAGGAAGUAUCAGGCAGAGUUAUCAGGGUUGAAUUUGCAAAGCGUUUCAAAAAACCAUCUCCCCCUCGUCCUCCUGGCCCCCGUCCUGGGGAGACACACCAUAAGCUUUAUGUGUCUAAUCUCGAAUGGAAAGCAAGAUCAACCCAUCUUAGAGAUUUGUUUUCUGAAAAUUUUAAUCCAGUUUCAGCCAGGGUUGUAUUUGAUGCUCCUAAAGGAAGAUCUUCAGGGUAUGGAUUUGUUUCUUUUGCCACAAGAGAGGAAGCUGAGGCUGCAUUGUCAUCUUUGGAUGGAAAGGAAUUGUUGGGCCGACCGCUUCGCUUAAAGUUCAGCGAAAGAAAAGUGGAUCAAUCUAAAACCCAAAAGGAAGAGGGGAUCACCUUAGAGGGCGAGACUGAAAGCCAGAAGGAAGAGGAAACCACCUUAGAGGGUCAGACCGAAAACCAAAUGGAAGAGGAAAUCACCUUGGAGGGUCAAACCGAAGAGUCAUAGACUCAAAGCUCCACUCAAUACAUGGUUUUGGCUAUGUUGAUGUAUUGCUCAGAAAGUUGUGAAGAUCAGAAAUUUUGACCCCGUCGCGCCCUUAUGUAAGAUAGAAGGUUUUCACAGUUCUAAAUUUUGUAUUUAUAUUUGUUUUCCUUCUCUUAGUAUUAUAGGGAGUAAUUUACAGUUACACUACUUUCAUACUAAAAUGUUCACCAUUGCUGCUGAAAAAUCAUGUUUGUUCAAUGAAAAUGUAUUAUUAAUACCUUA